UGCCGGUCAAUUAAGCAUUUGCCUAUACUUCACAUUCAUUCAUCACAUAGUAAGAGAGAUUUUCUUCGUGCUCGAUAAGAUAAUUAAAAUGGUGGCCACGGUGAUCCCGAGAGUCGAGAGCCUGGCGAGCAGCGGGAUCCAGUCAAUCCCGAAGGAGUACGUGAGGCCGGAGGAGGAGCUCACUAGCAUCGGAAAUGUCUUCGAGGAGGAGAAGAGGGAUGAGGGCCCUCAGGUCCCGACCAUUGACCUAAGGGACAUUGAGUCAGAGGACGAGGUUGUCCGGGAGAAGUGCCGGGCCGAGCUCAAGAAGGCCGCCGCUGACUGGGGCGUCAUGCACCUCGUGAACCACGGGAUCCCUGACAACCUCAUUGAGCGGGUCAAGAAGGCCGGGGAGGAGUUCUUCAACCUCCCCAUUGAGGAGAAGGAGAAGUACGCGAACGACCAGGCCUCGGGGAGGAUCCAAGGGUAUGGGAGCAAGCUCGCCAACAAUGCCAGCGGGCAGCUCGAGUGGGAGGACUACUUCUUCCACCUCGUGUUCCCGGAGGACAAACGCAACAUAUCGAUCUGGCCUAAGAUCCCGAGUGAUUACAAGGCCGCGACCGCAGAGUAUGCAAGGCUGCUACGGGCAUUGGCGACGAGAGUGCUCUCGGCCCUCUCGCUUGGGCUGGGCUUGGAGGAAGGCAGGCUGGAGAAGGAAGUUGGCGGGCUUGAGGAGAUGCUGCUGCAGAUGAAGAUCAACUUCUACCCGAAGUGCCCGCAGCCGGAGCUGGCCCUCGGCGUGGAGGCACACACCGACAUCAGCGCCCUAACCUUCAUCCUCCACAACAUGGUCCCGGGCCUGCAGCUCUUCUACAAGGGUAAGUGGGUGACCGCCAAGUGCGUUCCGAACUCGAUUAUCAUGCAUAUUGGGGACACAAUCGAGAUCCUCAGCAACGGAAAGUACAAGAGCAUCCUCCACCGUGGGCUUGUGAACAAGGAGAAGGUGAGGAUCUCGUGGGCGGUGUUCUGUGAGCCACCCAGGGAGAAGAUCAUACUGAAGCCGCUGCCCGAGCUUGUCACUGAGGCAGAGCCCGCCCAGUUCCCUUCCCGCACCUUCGCCCAGCAUAUCGAGCACAAGCUCUUCAGGAAGAAUAACCCAGAGGAAAAAUCUAAUAAAUGAGCAUGUUCAGCAUGUUCUAUAGUUUCAUGGAUCUGGUCAGGAACUGUCAUGGGACUUUCUAAGUUGUCUUAUGAACUGAUAGCAUGUGGUCUGGUUUCCGUAAUGUCUUGGUCGAUAUUUGGGCUGUUUGGGUCCUCUCCAUACAUGCUUCGUUAAAUAAAGCUCUUCUACUCAGCUUUCUUCACUGGAAAUUUGAGUUGCUGUUUUUUUCUUCA